UGGACCGCGCCGGAUGGUCUCCUUGGUUACAAAAGACCGACCAAUCAACGUCAAAGGGGAGCAGGCAAGCGGAAGGUGGAGGGGAUCUGGAAUGCUGGCUAGAAACCCAACGUUUGUUUCGGUUCGAAUGCAGGGGAGCAUCCAUCUAGUUCCGGGGUCCUCCUCGCUCGUGGUCCCAUAGGGCGUGUAGGGGGACUCCGCGGGGUGGGCAAGCAGGGCGCCGCUGUCCGGCCAAUAAGGCACGCGAAGGGGCUGGCACGCCCGCCCUCCCCCCGUACACGUGGCCCGGCGGCCGCUCCCACCCCCAGCGCCGCCGCUGCAGUGUCACGUGCGGCCGGUGCCUGCCCCUCGGAGCCCCUGGCUUGAGCAGCGCGGCGCCUGGGAUGCUGAGGAUGGCAGCAGGCUUGGGCCCCGCCGGCGGGCUGGAGCGCAGGAGCGCCUGCUGCUGGGGCCGCAGCCGGGGCGCGGUGCUGCUGCUCUUUUUCUCGCUGUCGCCGCGGCCCCCUGGCGGAGCGGCGUGGCUGCUGGGGCUGAGGCCGGAGGACACGGCGCCAGGGCGCGUGUGGCUGGAAGGGGGCGCGCUGCGGGCAGCCGAGGGCUCCCGCUUCCUGCUGCGCCUCUACUUUCAGCCCCCGGCCGAAGGCAACGCCAGCAGCGGAGGGCAGCCGCAGAGCGAGCGCCGGCUGGUCUUCGUCGAGGAGCCUGCCGAGGCGGAGCGCUGUCCCGAGCGCAGCGCCUGGGCCUCGGACGUGGAGGUGCUGGGCCCGCUGCUGCCCGGGGGCUCGGCCGGCUCGGCGUUGGCCGAGGUGAGGGUGCGGGAGCCGCGCAAGGGCGAGCCGGGAGCCGGGCCUGGCGGGCGCCGCUUCUCGCUGUGCACUUGGGACGGCCGCGCCUGGCAGCUGCACGGCGCGCCCGGCGGCUUCGUGCUGCAGGUGGAGGCGGUGGCUGCGGGCUUGGCCGCCGGGCUGGUGCCGCUGCCGGACGCGCGGUGGUUGCGGGCGCUGGGCGCGCUCAUCCUGCUGGGCCUGUCCGCGCUCUUCAGCGGCCUGCGCUUGGCCGUGCUGUCGCUCGACCCGCUGGAGUUGCGGGUGCUGCGCAACAGCGGCUCGGCGGCGGAGCGGGAGCAGGCGCGCAAGGUGGAGGCGGCGCGGGGCCGGGGCGGGAGCGGCACGUACCUGCUGUGCACCCUGCUGCUGGGCCAGGCCGGCGCCAACGCCGCGCUGGCCGGCUGGCUGUGCGCCUCGCUGCAAGCCGGCCACAGCGCCCUGGUGGACGAGAACAGCCGCGGUGUGCCCUGGCUGCCCGUGCUGCUCUGCAGCGGCGUGGUCUUCCUGGGCGGCGAGGUGUUGCCUUACUCGGUGUGCUCCCGCCACGGGCUGGCCAUUGCGGCGCACACGCUCUUCCUCACCCGCCUGCUCAUGGCUGCCACCUUCCCGCUCUGCUACCCGCUCAGCCGCCUGCUGGACUGGGCCCUGCGCCAGGAGCUGAGCACCUUCUCCACGCGGGAGCACCUGCUGGAGACGCUGCGCGCCGCUGACCCGCACCACGGCGACCUGGUGAGCGAGGAGCUGGCCAUGGUGCAAGGGGCGCUGGAGCUGCGCACCAAGGUGGUCGAGGACAUCCUGACGCCCCUGAGCGACUGCUUCAUGUUGCAUGCCGACACCGUGCUGGAUUUCGCCACCAUCUCCGAGAUCUUGCGCUCAGGCUACACGCGCAUCCCGGUCUUCGACGGGGAGCGGCGGGACAACAUCGUCGACUUGCUGUUUGUCAAGGACUUGGCCUUCGUGGACCCUGACGACUGCACCCCUCUGCAGACGAUCACCCGCUUCUACCGCCGCCCGCUGCACUGCGUCUUCCAUGACACGCGCCUAGAUACGCUGCUGGAGGAGUUCAAGAAGGGAAAGUCCCACCUUGCUAUUGUACAGCGGGUGAAUAAUGAAGGAGAAGGAGAUCCCUUCUAUGAGGUGAUGGGAAUCGUCACCCUUGAGGAUGUGAUCGAGGAGAUCAUCAAAUCAGAGAUUCUGGAUGAAACAGACCUUUACACCGACAAUCGGAAGAAGGAGCGAGCAACCCAUCGGGGUAGGAAACCCCAGGACUUUUCCAUCUUCCGGCUUUCAGAUAAUGAGAUGAGAGUGAAGAUCUCCCCACAACUACUACUGGCCACUCACCGCUUCAUGGCUACAGAGGUGGAACCCUUCAAACCACCAUAUCUCUCAGAGAAGAUCCUGCUGCGGCUGCUCAAACACCCCAACGUCAUCCAGGAGAUGAAAUUUGACCACAAGAACAAGAGGGCCCCCGAGCAUUACCUCUACCAGCGCAACCGGCCGGUUGACUAUUUUGUGCUUAUUCUGCAGGGAAAAGUGGAGGUGGAAGUAGGGAAAGAGGGCCUGCGUUUUGAGAAUGGAGCCUUCACAUAUUACGGCGUCCCAGCUGUCAUGGCUGUGGUUUGUUCAGAUAGCGACGUGCGCAAAAUGAGCAGCCUGGCGGGGUCUUCCUUCCUGUUACCUGUGUCCGUGUCCCGUACCUUUGGCUUCAGCAGAGGGGAAUCUCUGGCUGGCUCCCCAGUGAACCAGUCGCCUUCCCGUUGCAGUGGCCUGAACCGCUCUGAGUCCCCCAUCCGAGAGCGCAAUGACUACGGAGGCAGCAGCACCCAACUCCACAGUGGCAGCAACAACAACAUUUAUACACCAGACUACUCUGUGCACAUCCUCUGUGAUGUGCAGUUUGUCAAGAUCACUCGGCUGCAGUACCAGAAUGCUCUGGCUGCCAGCCGCAUGGAUAGCUCACCCCAGACCCCUGACAUGGAGGUUUUCAAUGAUGGAGAUUCCACAAAGGCUCCCACCGUCAGGGGCACUCCACUGACACCCAAGGAUGAUCCUGCCAUCCUCCUGCAUGAGAGGAGCAGCAUUGUGGUUAGCCAGUCAGAUGGGCGUCUGAAGAAGAGCCCCACAGACUCUGUCUUCCUGCACAUGGAGGGAAUCCCCAACAUACAGGAGGAACUGGCAGGCGCCACAGAGACCAAUGCACAGCAAAAAAAUGAGGGCUGUGUUUUCAGGCUGGAACCUGAGACCUCAAACAGAGAAAUUGAGAUCAACACAUCCCCAAGUGGCCCUGAGGAGCCCCUGGGCAAGAAACUACUCCGAACUCUUAGUGGGAGAAGAAGGAAGCCAUCAGCAGACAGCGAAAAGAGUUCCGAUGAUUCCAACUUCACACCUCUCAUCACAUGAGUGGCAACAUGGCCUUGGGCCUCCCCACAGGUUAGCGGUCUGCAGCAUGAUGGCCGACUGUGACAAGACUCAUGUGUGUGCGUGAUGGCGCCUGCUUCUCUCUCACAUUAUCUAUCCCCUGCCUGCAGGACUUGUGAUUCAGACCACAGUCCGGUGAGCUCCAGGCUUGAGAGGCGGAGCCAGCACUUGGAGGGAGCUGAGCACCAGGUCUCAGCAGAAGGUGGAACCAAGGAGAUAACGGUGGAAGUGGUGGGAGCUGCGGGCCCCUGUGGGUAGCUGAGCUGGGCAGCGCCCUCCCCAUCACACACUACUUUCAUUGGGGUAAUGCCAAGAGGGAGUGGGCACAGUCAGCCCCACUUCCUGAUGGAAGUGCCUACCCUUCCUUAUGCAUGGUCCACCACACUGGACCCCAGCGCAUGUUCAUGCAGCAACAGCAUCGCAACACCAUACGCUCCCUCUAUAGUCAUCUUGCAUUUGCUCAUGAUCAAAGUAUUGCCCCCGUUCCAUUGCUGCCUGUUAACGAGCACCAACAGGUUUUGGGCCGGCAGUCUGACUCACAGAUCAAUGCACUGAUCAUCACCCUUCAGUUGUGAGCACUGAGCCACACAAACAAAGCCCCGGGGCCCUUAUUGAACCCUGGCCUCCAGGUCAACUUAGAACAAAGAGGGAGUCUUGACAUCAAGUGUCUAGAAGGGAGAAAUAAAAUGUAUGUUUUACAUUAAA